UAGCAACCAAAAGGAUUGCUGCUGGGCCAAGUUGGCAGCUUCUGGUGUCGACAUAAAACCCAUCAUCAAUGGAAUAAAACCACAACACAUUAGAAGGACAUGUUGUUGCUGGCAGGACUAAAACAAAAACAACAAUAACAGAAAAACACAGGCACACAGACACGUUUGCCAAUAAAACAAGAUAUGAAAAUAAAUCAGUCUAAAGAGGCAAAUAAAGUCAGACAACGGCAGCCCCCAAACUAAGACGAAAAUAAUGUUGGAAAAAGCCCAGAAAAGCCGUUCAUUGAUGCUAUAAAACAGGUCUACAUUAAAACAAAAACAAAGUCAAAGAACCACACCCCCCACCCCUCUACACCUCGUGAAGCAUAAGUCUCUCAAUAAUCAUUCAAAACAUUCGUCAGGAAAAGAAAAAUAUUGGCUCAUCCUUUUUUUUUUUGGGGGGGAGAAAGAAUUAUUACAUCCUGCGGAAGGUGGUGGCCGCCAAUGUUAAAUGGCUUAUGUGUGUUAGCCCCUACACACAAAAGGAAAAGCAGGAAAACCCACAAACAACAACAACAACCACAACACCAUUAUCGUCUUUGUCGUCAUCAGCAUCUUUCGAGAACAUGUUUCCGUUAACUUUUAUUGGCAACCCGUUACCGGCCUAUAUGAUGUCUUCGCCAUCGCUGUCAGCAAUUGAUGUUAUUUCACCCACUGCGGCGGCGGCCAUAGCUCUCGGAGCUGUCUCGACAACCACCACAACGACAACAACAACAUCCUCCAGUAGCAGUAGUGGCAUAAAUCGCAAUGGCAUCCCCUCCACCAACUCCCUGGCCGACAAUGUUACCCGCAUCGCCCUGCUAGGCAAUGAUGGCUUUGCCAAUGACUCUGCCAAUGGCUUUGUGCCCUCCAUCCAGCGUCCCGAAACGGUAUUCGUUGCCAUACUUUUUACGCUCAUCUUCAUUGUUGGUGUUUUGGGAAAUGGCACAUUAGUGAUAAUAUUCUUUCGUCAUCGUUCGAUGCGCAACAUUCCAAAUACUUACAUUCUCUCUUUGGCCUUGGCCGAUCUCUUAGUUAUAAUCGUUUGUGUUCCACUGGCCAUUCUCGUUUACACCCAGGACAGUUGGACAUUUGGCAAGAGUAUGUGUCAGAUAACGGAAUUUUUCAAGGAUGUAUCGAUUGGUGUGUCCGUGUUCACACUGACAGCCUUGUCGGGUGAGAGGUAUUGUGCCAUUGUCAAUCCAUUGCGUAAAUUGCAGACAAAACCCUUGACAGUCAUUACGGCCACAAUGAUCUGGCUUUUGGCCAUUAUCUUUGCCACCCCCUCGCUGGUGAUGUCUAGUCUGCAGUACAUCGACAUCAGCACAAAUUUGACAAUAAUUGUCUGUUCGCCGUUUGGGGAGGAACGCAAGAACUUGGAAGUCUACACAAGAUAUGUGGUGGUGACAAAGGCCUUUGUCUACUACAUUCUGCCACUGUUCAUAAUUGGAGUUCUGUAUCUGAUGAUGGCACAGCGUUUGCAUGUCAGUGCCCGUGAAAUGCCCGGCGAAACCUUGAGCAUGCAAAGUCGUUCCCAGGUUCGGGCACGACGUUAUGUGGCCCGCAUGGUAGUGGUAUUUGUGGUGGGUAAGUGA